AUGAAAAUUCUAAUGGCGACGGCGCGACGAUACCAUUGAGGAUAAUCUGAAAAUACAGUCCAUGAAUUCUCCAUGGCCGCGGCAACCUUUGCACCGCCCCGCCACCAUUGUCUCCGCCGCUACUUUGCCCAUUCUUCGCUCCCAAUUGCAGCUUCCUUGCUAAUUACCAGAACGUGGUUUCUCGGCGGCAAAAUACUUCCCUCUUCUUCGCUGUGGUCCUCAGUCGAUUACACGAAGCUUACCCAUUGCUCUCCAUCCUCGCCUCCUUCAACUUCGCCGGAAGUCGGCGCCCCCACGGCGGAGUCAUGUGUUAAUCUGGGGCUUUCCUUGUUCUCCAAAGGACGGGUUAAAGAUGCUCUUACACAGUUCGAAACUGCGCUUACUUUGAACCCAAAUCCUGAAGAAGCUCAAGCUGCUUUGUAUAAUAAGGCUUGCUGCCAUGCAUACAGAGAGGAAGGAAAGAAAGCUGCUGAGUGUUUGCGCACAGCUCUAAGAGAUUACGGCCUCAAGUUUAGCACUAUUUUAAAUGAUCCUGACUUGGCUUCAUUUAGAACAACACCUGAAUUUAGAGAGUUGCAAGAAGAGGCUAGAAUGGGUGGUGAAGAUAUUGGCUAUAGCUUCAGGAGGGAUCUUAAACUCAUCAGUGAGGUCCAAGCACCAUUUCGCGGGAUUCGCAAAUUUUUCUACGUGGCCUUCACUGCUGCAGCAGGAAUUUCAUUGUUAUUCACCAUACCAAGGCUGUUUCGUGCUCUCAAAGGGGGCGAAGGAGCUCCUGACCUGUUGGAAACUUCGACAAAUGCAGCUAUAAACAUUGGAGGUGCUGUUGCUUUUCUGGCUUUAUUUUUCUGGGACAACAAGAAAGAGGAGGAACAACUCGCUCAAAUUACACGAAACGAAACACUAUCAAGAUUGCCUCUACGCCUGUCGACUAACAGAAUUGUGGAACUUGUGCAGCUAAGAGACACAGCAAGGCCUGUGAUUCUAGCUGGGAAUAAAGAGACGGUUUCUGCUGCAAUGCGGAAGGCUGAGAGAUUUCGUACUGAGCUUGUAAAAAGAGGAGUUAUUCUAGUUCCGAUUGUGUGGGGGGAGGGCCGAGAAAAACAAGCAGAGAAGAAAGGAUUUGGACUUUCUUCGAAGGCAACAGCAUCUCUCCCAUCUAUUGGGGAGGAUUUUGACAAGAGAACUGAAUCAAUAGCUGCAAAGUCUAAACUCAAAGCGGAGAUUCGGUUUCGAGCAGAUCCAGUAUCUCCUGUUGAAUGGGAAAGGUGGAUCCAGGAUCAACAAAAAUCCGAAGGCAUAACUCCGGGCGAAGAUGUAUACAUAAUUCUCCGUCUGGAUGGCCGUAUCCGGAAAUCAGGCCGGGGGAUGCCUGAUUGGCAAGAAAUUGUGAAAGAAGUGCCUCCAAUGGAAGCAAUAUUAAGCAAACUAGAAAGAUAGUGGAAAGCUGGUGAAACUGGUAAUCUUUCUUCUACUAAAGGUUGUGAAUAUUUAUUUAUUUAUUUAUUAUUGCAUCAUUGUUGUUGUGUCUUGUGUAACAACAUUAAUUUUUUAUUUCCUCCUCACGAAAUAAAAAGGUCAUAAAAUGAACGAAUACACAGA